AUGGGUUUGGUUGGAGGGGAGGAGGGAGUGCAAGAGGCCGCCGCCGGGCGUGAGGAGAGAAUUCUUGUUUCUGUUCGUUUGAGGCCUCUGAACGACAAAGAGAUCAGUAGACAUGAUGUGUGUGAUUGGGAAUGCAUUAAUGACACCACCGUCGUUUCCAGGAACAAUAAUAAUCUUUCAGCUUCAGAGAGGUCCCUCUAUCCAACAUCAUAUGCAUUUGACCGAGUAUUUAGACCGGAUUGUCCCACAAGGCAGGUGUAUGAAACAGCAGCAAAGGAAGUUGCUCUCUCAGUUCUCAAAGGCAUCAACUCAAGCAUAUUUGCAUAUGGACAAACAAGCAGUGGAAAGACAUACACAAUGAGUGGUGUAACUGAAUAUGCUGUAGCAGACAUUUUUAACCAUAUAGAGAAGGUAAAUAAUAAUGAUUAUACGCUUGACGAACACAAUGAAAAGGAAGAAAGGGAAUUUGUUCUGAAAUUUUCAGCGUUGGAGAUCUACAAUGAAUCUGUCAGGGACCUCCUUACUGCAGAUACUACGCCUCUUAGACUUCUUGAUGAUCCAGAGAGAGGGACAGUUGUUGAGAAACUCACUGAAGCAACUCUACGUGACUGGAAUCAUUUUAAAGAACUUCUUUCUUUUUGUGAAGCUCAGAGGAAGAUAGGGGAGACAUCCCUGAAUGAAGCAAGUUCCAGAUCUCAUCAAAUUCUAAAACUGACAGUUGAAAGCUGUCCAUGUGAUUUUUUGGUAAUCGAUCGAUCAAGCUCUCUUGCUGCCUCUGUGAAUUUUAUUGAUCUUGCUGGGAGUGAACGUGCAUCACAAACCCAUGCAGCUGGUGCAAGGUUGAAAGAGGGUAGCCACAUAAAUCGAAGUUUACUAACUUUAGGAACUUGUAUCCGUAAACUCAGCAAAGGGGGAAAAGGUGGACACAUUCCUUUCAGAGACUCAAAGCUAACUCGCAUACUACAAUCUUCAUUAGGAGGGAAUGCCAAAACUGCAAUAAUCUGCACCAUGAGCCCAGCAAGAAGCCAUGCUGAGCAAACUAGAAACACCCUUUUAUUUGCAAGUUGUGCUCGUCAAGUUUCAACUAGUCCACAAGUCAACGCAGUCUUGUCUGAUAAAGCAUUGGUCAAACAAUUGCAAAAAGAGUUGACCAGAUUGGAGACUGAGUUGAGAUCAUCAUUGGCAUCCCAACGUAAAUCUAAUUCUGUAGAAGUGCUCAAAGAAAAAGACCUUGAAAUUGAGAAGUUAAGGAAAGAAAUAUCAGAUCUAACUAUGCAACGGGAUCUUGCUCAAUCUCAAAUUAAAGACAUGCUUCAAGUUGUUGGGGACGAGUUGUCCUCCUCUGAAUCCGAGGGCUCGGAUAUUCGGUAUCCCAGAUUGCGCGUGGGAAGGUCAUGGGACUUCGAAAACCAACAAGAUGGACCAAAUCUAUUUAGUUUGAACAGUUUUAAUAAGAUAAAAUAUUUUGAAAAUUCUUUGUAUUUAGAUGGAAAUAGUUUCAGUUCUGAUGACAACUUUUUCCAACUCCCCGACUUGGAAAAGCAUCUUCCCCUCAGAAUUUCUCCCUUGAUAUUACCAAUUUUAACUCCUGAUCAUCAUGUUGAUUCAAAUCAAAACAACACUAAGCAAAAAACAAAAUGCAUUAUUGACUCUGAAGGCACAAUCUCAGACUCUAGUGCCUCGUCUCCCGAGGCAAAUACAAUUAGAUUGGGAGGGAAAAAGUUGACUGAAGGAGUUGACUUUACACACGAGGAGAAUAAUAAUGCAUAUUUUGAAUUAAAGAAAAAGAAAGAUUUUAUUCCUCUUCCCUUGCGAAACAAGUUAUCUCCAUCACCAAGGCCAGGGUAUGCGAAAAUGACGAGAAGCACAAGUUGUAAAGCAAGCAUUAUGAGGGAUCCUUCUCCUGAUUGGUUCGACGAGGAAGAUAUAGCUCGAUAUGGAACUCCAAUGGUGGUGGGAAUGGGAAAAGAGAGACCUGUGGGAUUCCCAAGUAGGUCGCAUACACUGAACUAUGAUGCUGAUGCCGAACGAGCUUCGCCUUUUCGCGAUGGGAAUCCACCGGGAAGUGCUUCCAUUACUACUCCAGAACAUGUUAGAAGGGUUACUUUUAAGGACAUUGAUGCCAAUGGUUCUUUAGUUUCAGAACUAAAGGAAAAGAUAGAUCUUGGAAGUUCUAAUAAUAAUCUACAGAGGAACCAUGAGGAAUCCAAAGAUGUUGCCUUGGGCUCAAAGCAAUCUGAAGAUGAAAAAAAUUCAAACUGGCCUUCAGAAUUUAAGAGGCUACAAAGAGAGAUUGUUGAACUCUGGAAUGUAUGUAAUGUUUCAUUAGUUCAUAGGAGUUACUUCUUCCUUCUCUUCAAAGGGGAUCCAUCAGAUUCUAUCUAUAUGGAGGUAGAGCUUAGAAGGUUGUCUUAUCUAAAACAAACGUUUUCCCCUGAUUCAAGCGCAAAAUAUCUUAAGAAAGAGAGACAAAUGUUGAGCAAGAAGAUGCACAAGAAGCUACCAAAAUCUGAGAGAAACAAGUUGUAUGUGGAAUGGCGUAUUGAUAGGCAUUCAAAGCAUAGGAGGUUGCAAUUGGCGAACCUAUUAUGGUCAGACACAGAAGACAUGGAUCGUGUUAGAGAGAGUGCCGCCAUUGUUACAAGGUUGGUUGGAACAGUGGAGCCAGAUCAAGCUUACAAGGAGAUGUUUGGUCUCAACUUCGCCCCCAGACGCAAACCUAAGAAAUCUUUUGCUUGGACUGCCACAAUGAAAAAACGUAUUUUGUGAAGUUUCGCGAAUUAAGGAUAUUAAUAGGGAUGAACUUUAUCCGAAAGGGAAAACUCACGUGCAGUCGACUUCACGUGAAGUUGAUAGUUGAGAGCCGUUAGAUGAAAAUUUAGUCAAAUCAUCUAACCGAUUUUAGUUAUCAAGUUCACGUAAAGUCGGCUGCACCUGAGUUUCCACCUUACCCAAAUACUAGUUCACUUUUGUUGAUCCAAGUAACUUUCAUCAGCUAUAUUUUGCAAAGUUGAGCAAUCUUGAUGCCAAUCACUAACU